AUGGCGGAUUCGGUAGAUAAUUUUAGCGAUUUAAAAGAGUUAGGAAUAGACAUUAAUGAAUGUAAUGAUAGUUUGAGCGUUUCUUUUACGAAAGCAGCGAACCGUUUACAAAAAAUUCUACCUAAUGUCGAUAAUCAGAUGUUGCUUACGCUAUACGGUUACUACAAACAAGGAAUGGAAGGAAGUUGUAAUAUCCCCAAACCAAGCUGGUACGACUAUAAAGCUAAGUCCAAAUGGGAAUCCUGGAAUAAAUUGGGCGACAUGUCCCGAAAGGAAGCUAAACAACGCUAUAUAGAUGCUCUAAAAGUAGUUGAUCCUUCAUUUGACAGCGCACCCGAUGAUAAACCGGCAGAGCAAUGGGCAAAAGUCUCAUCGAUGGUCGAUCAAGAUGAUGCAACGACUGCGUUAACAAUUGUCGAUCACAUAAGAGAUGGCAGAGUUAACGAAAUUAAAAAGUUCGUCAAAUUAAAGUCACCAAACGCCGUAUACGAUGACCUACCUCUGAUACAUUGGGCGGCCGACAGUGGCAACGUAGUCGUGCUGAAGGAAUUGAUCGAAUUGGGGGCAAAUUUCGAUUUGUUGGACAGCGACGGACAGACAGCUUUGCAUUAUUCCGCGAGCUGCGGACACGCGGAUUGCGUUAAGUUUUUGGUGCAAAGAGGUGCUAGGAAAGAUAUAGCAGAUAGUGAUGGUAAUAUACCUUCUGAUGUUGCUGCCGAUGACAAUAUUAAACGUUUGUUGAAGUAA